AUGGCCAAACAGGCAUCAAGCGGAAAACUAAUUAUUGAUUAUCCAUGGACAAAAACAAAAGAAGAAAUUGCUGCUCUCUAUCGUGUUGACGAAGGUAUUGGUCUUUCUGAAGAUCAAUUACCAGCUGAAGAAAGUAAACCAUUAUGGAAACUUAUUUUAGAACAAUUCGAUGAUCUUUUAGUCAAAAUUUUACUUGCUGCUGCUUGUAUAUCAUUCGUUUUAGCUUUAUUUGAAGAACAUAAAGAAGAAGAUAGUCUUGUAGCAACUUUUGUCGAACCACUUGUUAUUAUUCUUAUUCUUAUUGCAAAUGCAGCUGUCAGUGUAUGGCAGGAACGAAAUGCUGAAAGUGCUAUUGAAGCAUUAAAAGAAUAUGAACCUGAAAUAGCUCAAGUUAUUCGACAAAGUCGAUCAGGACAUAUACAACAAAUUAAAGCACGAGAUCUUGUACCAGGUGAUAUUGUUGAAGUAGCUGUUGGAGAUAAAGUUCCAGCUGAUAUACGUAUAACAACAAUUUAUUCAACAACACUUCGUGUUGAUCAAUCAUUAUUAACUGGUGAAAGUGUUUCAGUUAUUAACCAUACAGAUCCAAUACUUGAUCUACGUGCUGUUAAUCAAGAUAAAAAAAAUAUUCUUUUUUCUGGAACAAAUAUUGCAGCUGGUAAAUGUCGACGUAUUGUUAUUGGAACUGGUUUAAAUACUGAAAUUGGAAAAAUUCGAUCGGUUAUGACCGAAACUGAAGAAGAAAAAACACCAUUACAACAAAAAUUAGAUGAAUUUGGUGAACAAUUAUCAAAGGUUAUUUCUGUUAUUUGUAUUGCUGUAUGGUCUAUUAAUAUUGGUCAUUUUAAUGAUCCUGUACAUGGUGGUUCAUGGUUACGUGGUGCAAUUUAUUAUUUUAAAAUUGCUGUUGCACUUGCUGUAGCUGCCAUUCCUGAAGGUUUACCAGCUGUUAUAACAACUUGUCUUGCAUUAGGAACACUUGGAACACUUGGUUGUACAUCAAUUAUUUGUUCGGAUAAAACAGGAACAUUAACAACUAAUCAAAUGUCUGUUUGUCGAAUAUUUAUAUUCAGUAAAGCUGAUGGUAAUGAUAGACAAAUUGAUCAAUUUGAAGUAACUGGAUCAACUUAUGAACCGAAACGUGAUAUUAUGUAUAAUGGAACAAAAUUUAAUUGUUCUGAUCGUAGUGGAUUAGUUGAAUUAGCUGAAUGUGCUGCUUUAUGUAAUGAUUCAGCAUUAGAUUAUAAUGAAUCAAAAAAAGUUUUUGAAAAAGUUGGUGAAGAAACAGCAUUAACUGUUCUUGUUGAAAAGACGAAUGUUUUUAAUACAGAUAAAACACGUUUAUCACCACAAGAAAUGGCUAUGUCAUCAAAUACAAUUAUUCGUCAAAAAUAUCGAAAAGAAUUUACAUUAGAAUUUUUACGUGAUCGUAAAUCAAUGUCAACAUAUGUUGUUACUGCUAGUAGAAGUGCUAAUAAUACUCAACAAACAGCUAAAAUGUUUGUUAAAGGUGCACCAGAAUCUGUUAUUGAACGAUGUUCACAUAUUCGAGUUGGAACACAAAAAAUUCCAAUGACUACACAAAUUAAACAAGAAAUAAUGAAAUUAGUUCAUCAAUAUGGAACAGGACGAGAUACAUUACGUUGUUUAGCAUUAGGAACUAUUGAUAAUCCAUUAAAAAGAGAAGAUAUGGAUUUAGAAGAUUCAAAUAAAUUUAUUACAUAUGAAAAUAAUAUAACAUUUGUUGGUGUUGUUGGUAUGCUUGAUCCGCCACGUUCAGAAGUUAUUGAUGCUGUUGCACGAUGUCGUGAUGUUGGUAUUCGUGUUAUUAUGAUAACUGGUGAUAAUAAGAAUACAGCUGAAGCUAUUUGUCAACGUAUUGGUAUCUUUCAAGAAUUAGAAGAUAUACAAGGCAAAGCUUUAAGUGGUCGAGAAUUUGAUGAUCUUUCAAUAGCAAAACAAUCUGAAGCUUGUCGUCAUGCAAAAAUGUUUGCUCGUGUUGAUCCAACACAUAAAUCAAAAAUUGUUGAAUAUUUACAAUCACAUGGUGAAAUAACAGCUAUGACAGGUGAUGGUGUUAAUGAUGCACCUGCAUUAAAAAAAGCUGAAAUUGGCAUUGCUAUGGGUUCUGGUACAGCUGUUGCUAAAACAGCUGCUGAUAUGGUUUUAGCUGAUGAUAAUUUUUCUUCAAUUGUUGCUGGUGUUGAAGAAGGUCGAGCUAUUUAUAAUAAUAUGAAACAAUUUAUUCGUUAUUUAAUUUCAUCAAAUAUUGGAGAAGUUGUUUGUAUGUUUUUGACUGCUGCUCUUGGUUUACCAGAAUCAUUGAUUCCUGUUCAAUUACUUUGGGUUAAUUUAGUAACUGAUGGUUUACCAGCAACAGCACUUGGUUUUAAUCCACCUGAUUUAGAUAUAAUGGAACGUCCACCACGUAAUCCGAAAGAACCGUUAAUUACACCAUGGCUUUUCUUUCGAUAUAUGGCUAUUGGAAGUUAUGUUGGUUUUGCUGUACAAAAUCAUUUUACAUGUCGUUCUGGUGGUAAAGAAUGGGAAAAUAUAAAUUGUUCUAUAUUCGAUGAUCCACAUCCAAUGACAAUGGCUCUAUCAGCACUUGUUAGUAUUGAAAUGUGUAAUGCACUUAAUAGUUUAUCUGAAAAUCAAUCUCUUCUUAAAAUGCCACCAUGGAAAAAUAAAUAUCUUUUAUAUGCUAUUGGGGUGUGGGUGUGGGUGUGGGCGUCAUUUAGAAGACCUUACACCCACACCCACCCACACCUACCCACACCCUUUUCAUAUGGUUGUGGGAUUUUUCGUCACUACUGUAUGCAUAUAUUAGAAAAUAAAUCAAUUGCAAUGAAGACAACAUCAUCAACAGAUUCUCACGAACCGAAUUUGAUAACUAUGAUUAUCGUUAGCUUUUCAAAUUUUUUAUAAUUAUAGAAAUACCUUUAAAAAAAGAGUUAUUAUAUAUUCUGACAAUGAAUUAUAUUUUCGAUCAUUCCAAAGUUCUGAAACAAAAAAAGAAAGAGAUACCGAAAAAAUCCAGUUUUACAGUUUGCCAAGGAGGAUGCCUGUAUGAUACUCAAGUUAUUCUUCAACAACACAUAAGUGUAAGAUGAGACAAAAUAUAGAAGAUGAUAGAGAAUUUGAAGUUUUACCUGAAUCUAUAAUAACUUUUUCAAAAAUUUAUUUUCAUAGUACCUAUAAUUUGAAAAAGCAUAAAAAAAACAGCAAAUUUUUAUACUUAUCAAUUCAGGAUGUCUUCAUUGUACUCAAUUUAUUUUUGCAAUAGAUAAAUGCAAGACAGUAGACAAAUAUAUCGGACGGUAGAGUUUUUCAGGCGUUAUCAGAAUAUAUAAUCUUUUUUUUUAAAUGGUAUUUCUAUAGUUAUAGAAAAUUUGAAAAACUAACGAUAAUCAUAGUAACCAAAUUCGGUCCAUGGGAAUCUGUUGAUCGUGUUGUCUUCAUUUCAGUUGAUUUAUUUUCGAAUAUAUAAGUGCAAAAUAAAAUAUAAAUGUACAGAAGAAUAGAAAACUCCGAUUGACGUCAGAAUAUGUUAUUAUUCUUUUAAAAAUAUGUUUUUAUAGUGAUCAUGUACUCGAAAUACCGACGUCAAUUUUUUUUUCAAGAAUAUAUAUGGGUGAUUCCAUGAUGACCCUACCACGAUUUACAAAAGUAUCUCCGAAUCCGUUCAAACUUUCAGGGUUUGUAGAGAUUUGAAUGCUGAUCAUUUUGAUAAUAAAAUAGUUGGCACUUCAUAAUGAAAUGAGGGAGAACGAGUCAAAAUACUGAACACGUCAUUUUGAUUCGAAAAAAUUCACCUUUCGAUGAAUUUGGCCAUUUCUUGUUUUCAUGUUAUCAUUUUGAAUUUUUGAGCACGGAUUCGUGUAGCCCGAGUGAAGACGCAUCAGAAUAUGUGUAAUUAAUAUUUUUUUAUAUCUCACUAUAUGGAACUCCACGUGACAGACAAUUUUUAGCUGAAAACAAAUUUUGAAAUAUUUCGCAUACUAAAUGGAAUUCCUGCAAAUGGUGGCACAUAUGGUUGGAUAGAGAAAACUUUGCUCUAUCGAAUGGUAUACUUUUCUUUCUAUGGGAGAAGCAUCCUGGUUAUAAAAAUGAGUCAAAUGUUAAAAAAACAUGAAUUUUGACAGUAUUUUGACAUUUACUCCCCCGUUUCGAAGCCAAAAUCCAAAUCGGAGGCCGGAUUCAUGAUCAGCGUAAAAAACUACAUCCGAAUAUGUAUAUUGAAUAGUUUUGAUGUCCCUCGCCUCACAUCAUUCUGGCCCUAAAGUUGCUUGAUUUUCAAUCAAAUACCUCCUUUCCGACUUCUGAGUUGUUUUCUUUAAAUAUCCGAGUAAGAUGUGCAUUUCAACUCGUGAUGAGUGACAAAGUGCGUUAUUUGGAUAUCGAAAUAGAGCCACUUCAGUGCUCGUAGGUUCUUAUUUCGAGAUACCAUCGACUCUUGAGAUCAAUAUUAGCACUUUUCUUCAUAUGAUGCUGGAGAAAAUAGAUAAUUACAACAAUUUGUCAAGUUGAUGUGGAACGCGUCAAAAAUGAGAGAUGUGAUGAUGAGUGAGUACUGUCGUCAUUCGAGUUUAAUAUAGGGAAGAUUGAUUUGUACGAUUCAUUUGCCUGUCUAUUGAGAAGUUCGAAUGCGAGUUUUGAUUGAUGGAUCUUGCUACUGCUCAUGCUGUCACAUUUCCAUCGUAUGAUAGUGAUUCUAUCUUUCUGAGCUCAUUGACGUGUAGUUCCCUACAAGAUAUAGUUUGCUAUGUUUUAUAUUUUUCUUCCUCCACUAGGGCAUAUAUGAUAUAUAUAUUCUUUUUCUUUCUCGGAUUCAUCUGAAUAUUUUCUUUGUCUUAUUCUCUCAUUAUAUGUAUGCUAUUUGAUUCAGCUCGAUUCGGUCCCUCCAAUGCAUCGUUGCACGUAGGCAACACUCCUCUUUCGUGCGUUCUCUCCAUAUUAUUUUUUUCUCAGCGUGAGAUGAAAGAAAAAUAAACAUAGAAACAGAAAGACAUUGAUUACAACGAACACAUAGAUAUGCCAGUCCAAUGGUGCACCCAUCCAACGUCUCAUCAUGACUGUACCAAAAUUGGUCACAAGCCGACGCAUCCACGAGGUGAUCGGAAAGUUGAUGGUGAGCUAGCGGCCUUCAUUUCAGAAUCAUAUCGGGUUUCAACAGGUGAUGAAGGAAUACUGAUACAAGCAGGAGAUUUGUUCUGUCGAACAUGUUAUGAUAAGGAGCGUUCGAAGUUCGAUUCUCAUUUAAUUUUGCAAAGAAGCACCGACGAAGGAAACGAGAGUAUGGAUACUGACGAUCAGAGACCGAGACGACAACGCAAAACAAUCUCGAAUAUGGAGUUUCGAUCAAAUCUCGACUUUUCAUUAGAAGAGAAGGCAGAGUCAUCAUGUUCGCAGUCAUCAUCGGAAAGUGAAACUAUCGAUGAUGAGAAGAGAUACAACCAAGAAAAAACGACACAUCUUUUGAAUCAAGUAUUUUCCGUGCUCAAUAUUUCUCAAAUUUCAGAUAUGUAAGUUAUACUUUUCAAGUCAUUUUUCAAAAUAAUUCCUUUAUAGACGCAACACUGGUAUCUUGCAACAGAAGGUGUCAAGAGCCGUCGAGAUGAUACGACUAGCGGCAGAUGAUAUUCUGAAAGUGUCAGAAAGUACAGUCUCAAAAUCGAAAACAAUACCGCUCACUGUCGAUGAUACUGAGACUCUGCUGAAUGGUUUAAAGCUUCUUUUUGAGUCAAGUGAGUGUGACGAGCAAGUUCGUCUUCUCACCCUCGCACCAUCGAACUGGGGGAGAGUACAAAUCGAAAAGUUUUUUGGUUGCAAUCAGUGGCAAGCACGGCAGGGGAUCGAAUUACGGAACUCUUUCGGUGUCCUUGCUAAACGGUGUGAUUUUGGUGGAAAUUAUCCGAUGGAUCCACAACUUAUUGAAGAUAUCAAGGCUUUCUAUCAAGACGAUGCGAUCAGUCGUCAGACGUCGAACAAAAAAGAAGUCAUUCACAUCAAUAGACAACCAGUACCCAUUCGACGCAUGUUAAUGACUGUUGGCCAAGCAUACACUAUCUUUAUGGAUCAGCUCAAGAAAAAGAACUCUUCAGAUUCGGUGGGCAAGUCUACCUUCUACUCAUUGAGACCAAAAUGGGUUAAGAUCGUGACACCUCACGACGUUUGUGUCUGUAUCUAUCAUGAGAAUUUUGAUCUUCUAAUUCAGGUACAUAUUCCAAUCGACGCGGCAGCAAUAUCAUCUAUUUUUAUUCACUAGGCGUGGAACAAGCUAGGUUUAAUGUUAAUUGAGCGCAAAGUACUCAUCGCCAAGCUGAUUUGCGCAUCUCCAGCCGAAAAAUGUUACUUUGGCGAAUGCGAAAAGUGUAAGUUUGUGAACAAGAAAGGAUCUCAUUUUUAUGUUUCUGUUGUGUUCAUUGGAAUGGGUCCAUCAAUAUUGAUAGAUGUGUAUAGAAGUGAAAGGACAUCAACUGGUGUACCGAAAGAGACGUCGAAGAGGCUCUUUUACAGAGUUGUUGGAUGUUUUUAGAUAAUGUUUCUAAACCUUGGAAAAGAACCUAGAAAGAGUAAAUUUCGAACGCCCUUUGAAAACUCUUUUGAUAUGGUAGAUAGAUCACAUAGAUAUUAUAUUGCCAGCAAAAUAGAUAAGCAUGUAGACACACAUCAUGGAGCUUGACCAUCUACUGUUCGAAGAGGAUUUCUUCACUGUUGAGACGGUCGAUAAAGUUUUAGGCGUUCGGAUGCGAUUCCUUGAUUUUCUGCUUGAAGCGAUUGUUCCAGCCUGAUCGAGUGAGCUAAUGUUUGUCAAAUUUUAUACUAUUGAUACGCAAACAUCAUCGUAAUAAGAGAAGAAUCAGCUUCGGCGGGGCAUAGCUCCGAAACUCUUCAAUGAUUUCUUGAUUGUUGCAGGCAAAUAUAAACUGCCCAGUCAGUUUCUCGAAGGUUUCUUCAAUGAUACAGUUAGUCGAUUCGACAACGCCUGUUGGAUGAUGUGGAGAAAACCAGUUGCGGUGCGCAGUGAUGAGAAUGCAAACGAUCGCACAAAGCCUGUAGACACAACAAUCUUGUUGCAAAGGAUCGAUGCAUCGAUUGGUGAUCUUCUUGAAGAAGUCGAUUUGCAAUGGCCCACGUUUCUCAAACACCACUUUGUUACCGGUCAGCAGUAUGAUUACAUUAAAAAAAUCAAGGAGGAGGCCUCUGAACAGGAUACAAUUGUCAUCCAGAUGGAUUUCGCUGAAAAUCACACUUUACUGAAUCAACAUCAGAUCGUACAAGCACACUGGGGAACGCCACAAGCCACGAUCUUCACUGUACACAUACAAGUGAACAAAACCACACAUCAAAGUGUGGCCAUCAUCAGUGACUAUUUAGCACACGACGUUGAUUUCGUUCAUGCUGCUCAGGGUAUAGUUGCUGACUACGUCCAAAGUCUGUACCCGUCUGUUAAACGGUUAAAUUAUCUCAGCGAUGGAGCUGCUCAGCAUUUUAAAAAUAAUAAAAGCAUCCUUAACCUCACCUACCAUGAGAAAGACUUCGGAAUUCCCGCCGUGUGGACAUUCAGUGCUACCGCUCAUGGUAAAGGUCCCGUCGACGGUAUUGGAGCGGCUGUUAAGUAUCGAGCAACGAAAAAAGUCCUCAGUGGAAAGGCAGAAGAUGCCAUUCUAACUCCUGCCGAUCUCUUCAAGUUCGCACAACACGAUACUAAAAUUAACGUUUUCUACUUGAGUGCAAACAGGGUGAUGCAAAACCGCGAUCAAUACCAACUAGAAAGCCGAUGGAAACAGCAAGGAUCCGAAGGUACUUUGUACUUCAAUCAUAUGUGUCUCAACUUAGACCUUUUCUUGUUAGGCUGGAUCAACCAGAUUCGCAGUCAACAUCAAUUCGAUCCGGUAGGAAUCAAAAAGGUCGAAUGUCGACGUACAUCAGCGUCACUUGUCAAAGAGGAAAAUAUACUGAAAAGCUAGGAAUUCUAGCAUCGCUCGAAUAAAUCUUUACUUUUUGAUUUCCAAUAUCACACCAUUCACGUAUAUCAAAUUUCAGUUUCUGAAAUAAUUCAAAUCGGCAUUUUCAGGAUAUUCAUCCCAAGUUUCAUCAUAUGCUGUAUACAUAAAACCAGUCAAUACACGACUGAAGUAUCUUUCAUUCGGAAAAGUCGAAAUUGACAAAUUGUUGUAACUAUCUAUCUUCUCCAGCAUCAUAUGAAGAAAAGUGCUAAUAUUGAUCUCAAGGGUCGAUGGUAUCUCGAAAUAAGAACCUACGAGCACUGAAGUGGCUCU